AUGUCUGUUAAAAGUACAAAAGGAGGUCCAGACAGCCGACCCUCCUCUGCUGCAAGCUCCAAGUCCUCCACGUCCAAGGAGAAGGUGCCUGAGGAAGAGGAGGGCAAGAGGAAGAGUAAAAGGAGCCUCAGCAACAGCUCUAUGGUGGCAGCUGCCUAUAUCUCCUACCUAAAUAAACUUUUUGGACAGGAGAGGGAGCUGAUGCCGCUGGAGAUUGAUGAGCUUCAAGAGGCCUUUAAGGAAUUUGAUUACGAUGCGGAUGGAUUCAUCCAUUACAAAGACAUUGCAGAAUGCAUGAGAACCACGGGCUACAUGCCUACAGAGAUGGAGAUUAUCGAGAUCAUCCAACAAAUCAAGAUGAAAUGGGGUGGACAUGUAGACUUUGAGGAUUUUUGUGAGUUAAUGGGGCCACGAAUGCUGGCUGAGACAGCUCAUAUGGUCGGACUGAAAGAGCUCCGCUCUGCCUUCAAACAGUUCGACUGUGACGGAGACGGAAAGAUCACACUGGAGGAACUGAAGGAGGGCAUGAAGACCCUCCUCGGGGAGAAGCUGAAAAAAGGAGAAUUGGAGGAGAUCCUCGGCGAUAUUGACCUCAACAAAGAUGGCAGCAUCGACUUUGAUGAGUUUGUGAUGAUGCUCUCUGCGCGGUGACCUCUGAUGAAAAGAGAAGCUGAUCGAUCAAAAAUUCAUUUACGACGAGGUCCACUUCCUCCCAGUUUGAUUUGAAGCUUUAUGUGUUAAGAAAAAACAUGGAGUUUUAGGCAUCUAUGAACACAAUCAGAAGAUUAGGUUGAGUAAGUGCAGUGAGUUAUA